AUGAGAAUAUCGUCGGCGAAACGUGUGCAACUUCAGAAACGUAAGUUUUCGCAAUCGUCCGAAAGUUGAGCGUGAGUAGGUCGAAAGUUGAGUUACGUUAGCUGCGAACGUGGGUUACUAGAGCAAGAAAUGUCACGAAGAACCAUCAAGACGAUAAAUUGGGCAGCUCUAGCCGAGCGAUGUGUAGACUCUGAAAAGAAUGCAUUGGCUGCAUUCAAAGCUAAAUCGGAUCAGUAUCUACGACGCAUGACAGCUAACCCAGAAUCACCACCAAAAAUUGAUUGGGCCUAUUACAGAAAAACCAUUACCACUCCUGGUUUAGUAGAUAAGUUUCAGAAAGAGUACGAAGCAUUGUCGAUACCGUUUCCAGCUGACAAAUAUACAACAGACAUCGAUGCCGAAGAGAAAAUAGCGUUGCAAGAAGUUGACAAAUUCGUGCAAACUGCGGAUCAAGAGAUUGAGAAAAUGAGAAAAGAAGUAGCUAGAGUUCAAAGUUUAUUACCAUUCGACCUCAUGACGAUAGAAGAUUAUUACAUUAUGUAUCCAGAAAAUGCUAUAGAUCCUGAAAAGCCUACAGUAUAUCCUCAUGAUUUAUCGGACAAUGGCUCCGAAGAGACUGAAAAAAGUCAUUAAUGAUCUGUAACAUAUGCAAGUUUCACAUAGUCUCAAUGUAAUGUCAUUGAUAAUUUGUCAUAUUAACAACUGUUAUCAUCGGUGCCGUGAACUAUGGAUAGACGAUAAAUUUAAGAUGAUUUUAAAAGUGUCAAAAUAAAAGUGCACUGUAUCAAAUACAAAGAAACGAUUCAUUAUUAUGCUACUCGAUAUGUUACCAAAGACUUUGUACACGCGAUAUAUUUGUUAUCCUUAUGCAGUUCGUAAAAAGUAAGAAGCGAAUGUAGCGUAGUAAUAAGUGUAAAAGCAUAAAAUGUUUUUGUAAGAAUUUA